CAAUUCUCGUAUACUCUCCGAAGCGGGGGCAUUUGCGUGAGAUCGGCCACUUUACGCGAUUCUGGUGCUUACUUGGUUUCUUCCCAGCACUGAUGCCUCCUCGAGCCAAACGAGCCGCAUCCUCCGGUACGCCCCCACGGCGCAAAAAAAAGGACCAGUACCACCACGCUAUCCCAAGGUUCAUAUUGCGACGUUUUCAACCUUCCAGUGGUCCUCCCAAAAGCAGAGCACAGCGCCAAGAAGAAUACAAACAGACCCGUGGUAAUUCUGAGAAUGUCCUCUACUAUGACUUGGCCUCAGGGAGCCUCGAUGUUCGUCCCAUCGGGAAAGUUUAUGGGCUCAUGAACCUCUACAGGGACGCAAGCAACCCUAGCAACGUCAACGAGCUGGAGGAAAAGCUUGGCGUCCUUGAAGAUGGUGCCUCAGUGGUCAUCCAAACCCUCCAUUCCAACCUUGCCAGUGGCAAGGUCCCCCUCAAACGCCGCGAUGUUGGGCGGCUACGGAAAUUCUUGUUCGUGAUGCAUUACCGCAAUCUGGGAGGGUCGUACUUCGAUCCUGAUCAUCCUCAUGGAGGCUCGACAAUUCGGCAGUGGGUCGAGCGCUAUAAAACCAAGCAUCCAUCAUGUCAAACACACACCGAUGUAUGGCUGUCUGUCCUCCGCUACUACUUGGAUACUCCCCAUUCCCAGAUCGUCAAUGAUGCCACUGCGAUAUAUAAAGAACACGGAAUGGAGAAGGUUCAUCUUCAGAUGUUGACCGACACAGUCGAUCCCAACAUGGAGCACUACCCGGCUCUUGCGUAUCAAAAGCAGGCCGGCAUGAGUUUCCUUUGUAUAUGGGAAGCUCAUGACACAUCAGAGUUUAUUCUGAGCAAUAACAGUUUUGGACUGUGGGAGGGCGUAGCUCCAUCGGGCGACCAGAUUCAUCGUGUCUUUGUCGUCAGUCCUCAGAUUGCAGUCGUGUUACGGUCCAACUUGCUUCCCAUGUUCGAAAAGAUGGGGCCAAUGAACAGCGACCUGAUUCAGAUCCCCCAAGAACGACCUGUAUCGAAACUCGUCAACGGGGAAGCUGGAUUCCGCAUUCCCGAAGGCUCCGAUCCUUCGUCAGUCGAUUUCAAUCGUCUCAGAUCACCUAGCGACCUCUUCACAUUCACCAUAACCAAACUGUCCCUCGUUCAAACUGACGCUCUUAACGCUGUAGUUUUGAAGAAUGUUCACCAGGAUGGCGCAAUGACAUUCUUGGGGAAGGAACGUAUGUUCAGGACCGUCCGCUCAUUCUGUCACGAUCAGAUGAACAAGCAUGAUCGACCAAAGUUCGCAUCAUUAAUGCGGCACCUAUCGGUCAUCCCGACAUUGAUGGGGCAGGCACCACAGUCGAACGAUCCUGUCGAUGCUGAGCUUUAUGCGACUCUUAUGAAUAUACUGCUCGAUGAGAAACGCUUUCCCUCUCACUAUGACCGCGCCCUAUCUGUCUUCCGACUAAUUGAAGACACGUCCCUGCGCAUGAUUUGUCCUUUCAUGACGGAACACAUCUUCAAUCUCUCUGCUGCCAUGCAGAAAUGUCAGACUCGUUUUGGUGGGGAUGUCUACAAAGCUGUAGGAGACACCAUUACCUUGGAAUCGUCUCUGUCGGAGGAGGUUUCGUCGAGAGUAUUUCAAGGGCUGGAUCAGUUCAUAUCGGAUAAACUAGGUGUGCGACUGGCCUAUGAUUCUAGUGAUGUUCUUGGGCAGGUGGGCAAGGAGGUCGUCCUCGUUGCAUUUCUUGACUGGGUCAUUGACGAAUCAGGUCAUGUUUUGGAUAAGAUGCCUGAUGUAACGAUGCAAGCGGUGCAGAUACAAGAGUUUUGACAUUUUCAUUCUCCUUUGGCUAUAGUCCUCGUUCAUAACAACUGUAGUGUUGAGGACUUUGUAUUUUACCCCUUGCGGGAGGCGUAGGAUGGAGCAAGUGUUUCCUUUCUUGUGUAUGUAUUGGUUGAUUGUACAUGUACCCGGUCGAUUUCGCUCUUACAGAAUAUAUGCUCUCAGCACCAUCGAAGUUUCACGUCCCGGACUCAUGACAAUCACAAAAUAUCAAUAUUAAUUAUAACUUGAACUCGAAAU